GUCCCUCCCUCCGUGCGCUUUAGAGUAAGAGUGUGCACGUAUGUCAGAGGGACUAUGGUGGAGGGCUGGUGAAGAUGAUGGCAGCUCUCUGCGAGGAUGGCACAUAUGGAAUCAAUUGUGGCCGUAGGAGCGACAAAAUCUCAGUUUUACAUGUCAAACUGACAGAAUCAGCCUUUAAAGCGCUAGAAAACUACCAAAACUGUAAGAAUGCACCUUCCUCGCAGACAAAAAUAAGUUUCCAGGGUCUUCAAGGGCACAUUAAAAUUCCAAGAACAGAUGCUUCAGAUGGGUCACAUAACUUCGACUUCUAUCUGUCCAACUUUGGCAAGGACAAUCCUCAAGGGAGCUUUGAGUGUAUUCACCAAUACUCAUCCAGCUCUGGUGUCCCCCACCUGUCUUCCUUGGGAACAAUUCAGGACAAAAUCACAGUAUGUGCCACCAACAACUCCUACCAGGUGACCAAAGAGCGUGUGACCCAGGCAGAAGAGGAUAUACAAAAGAACGGCACCAAAUUCAUCAAACCUAGAGGACCAAUCAGAGACAAAAAAGUCCAUGUCCGCAAGCCGGCUCCCUCAGCCCCCGACCCGGUUCCGGAGAGGAAGCAGACCACCCCCAUCAACCCAGCCAACACGAUCCGCAAGUGCCUAACCAACAACCCCGUGUCCCAGCGGCCAUACCGGGACCGUGUCAUCCACCUCCUGGCCCUGCGCUCAUACAAGAAACUAGAGGUGAUGGCCAGACUGCAGCGAGAUGGCAUCAGCCAGAAAGAUCGCAACUCUCUGGGCACUACACUACAUCAGGUGGCCAAUCUAAAUCCUAAGGAUAACUCGUAUUCACUGAAAGACUUUAUCUUCCGUGAGGUCCAGAGGGACUGGCCGGGCUACACAGAGGAUGAACGCAUUCAGGUUGACAGGAUUCUGGCACGUAAAUUGGGCUUGAACUCAGAGUCUGUCUCAUCCAGCAGUCCAACCAAAGAGCCCACGUCCCCACUGAAGCGCCAACCUGAGUCUGACUUCAUUGAUCCUCUGAUGUCUAAGAAGCCACGAAUCUCCCAUCUCAGCAAUCGAGGGCCACCUGCCUCAUCAGGCCGACAUCCUUCAGAGACAGAGGACAAAAAGCCCACACCCCCUGUCACGGCUGCCUGCCCGGGACCCUCUUUGCACCCUCCCCCUGCCUCAGGCUCCAGUUCAAACUCCCCGAGCACACCAGAGGGCCGGGGCACUCAGGAUCUGCCCCUGGACCAGAGCUCUAUAUGCGGUACCUCCUCUGAGAGCUACGCCCCUCGCAACCACACACUCAGUCCCCGCAGCCAGUCUGUUCCCACAACUUCCCCCUCGUCCUCCUCCACCUGUACCGUCUCGACAACCACCAUCACCUCCACCACGACCACCAGCAGUGGCCUCCACAUUUCCUCUGCCACAUCUACAGCCGGCCGUGACUGCAGCAAAAAGCCCAAGAAGUCGAAGAAGCACAAAGAUAAAGAAAGUAAAAGAGAAGGUGAGCGAGAGAGGGAUAAGGAACGGAAGAGGGAAAGAGAGCACCGCAAGGAGGAUCUUUGCAAUAAUGAAGUGAAGCCCAAGAAGAAACAUCGCAAUGAGGCAGAACAAAAACACAUUCCUGCCAAGAUCAGCCAUGAAUCAGAGGGAGAAGCUGGCAAAGACAAGCCUGUCCAUACCACUGAACUUCCUGUCCCAGUGAAGUCUGAUUACAUAGUUAAGUACACUGCAGUGAUAUCUAUGGAUCAGAGGCAGCGCUAUAAGGAUGACUUCAACGCAGAGUACGAUGAGUAUCGUGGCCUUCAUGCUCGUGUUGAAAGUGUUACACGCCGAUUUACACAGCUGGAUGCCCAAUGCAGGAGGCUAGCACCAGGAACCAAGGAGUACCAAGAGGUACAUGAACGGGUGCUGCAGGAAUACAAAAAAAUUAAACGACACAGCCCGAACUACUACGAAGAAAAGCAACGCUGUGAGUACCUGCACAACAAACUGACCCACAUCAAACGGCUCAUCGCCGACUUCGACCAGCGGAGGGGGCAGUCCUGGUUGUAGGGCGUGGGACCAAGCAACCCCUCAGUCAAUCAAGCGCUUCUUAGCCAGAGGGCCAUCUUUACAGGAGUGCGGGGAUCAAACAGCUCCUUAUUUAUUCUUAUUAUAGAUUUCCCGCUCACCUUUUCCCAUACCUGGCCUUCUUUAUCAGUCUAUUUCUUCCUUUCCUUCUUCCUUUCCCAUCCCUUUAUUCUAAGCGCUGUUUCUCCUGAACACCACCCUUUGUUUUACCUAGAAGAGGAAAGCACUCUUCCGUCUAGUGAUGUCAUGUGUUCAGGGGAGUAGCGCUUAUCUCUUUUUCUUUUUUUGAAGGACUUCGAAGAAAAUAAAAUUAAACUUUUUUUGAAAGCAAAAAGAAAACCCAUCUGUAGUUAUGCAAUGCAAAACCGUGGGCCUUACUUACAGCGCAUAUUUCUUGAAGCCUUUUGCACAGGGGUGAUUGAGACCGUAUAUGUGAAAAUGUGGCCAUAAAAAGGGUGUUUCCAAAAGCCCUGAGGCUUCCUUUUCUCCCAGGGCCCUGAUUUUGAACAGCUUCAGUAUUCACACCCACAGUGCAAAUGCCUUAAGGUAUUAAUAGACAUAUCGAUGUGGAGUCAGUGAGACUUUCAAGCACCCAGGCCAAUGGGGAGAAAUUAUUAUGACCUGAUCGCAGGUCCAGCGCACAUUCGUGGAAGGUUUGAGCGAUAUGUGUGUGAGUGUGUUGAAUGAAAGGACCGAGAAAGCAACGAGUGAAAGUUGUCUAUUUUUUUUGUUAAUUUUUGGGAAGGAUUGGGCCAGAAAGGAUUGAAAGAGCAACAUUUGGGGAGAAGGGUUGGGUAUAGAUGUCUAUAAAAGAGGAAAAAAAGGCAGAAAAUGAAAAUCCCUUAAAAUAAAAAGCUGCUAUAUAUUCUUUGAACAGCCAGAGCCUUUGGGAUCAACCUGGCUUGUGUUAAAUGUUAUUAAUUGGGCCUGCUCUGUUUAAGACAAUGAUCGAACCAUCUAAGGAAAAGGUGCUACUGAUUAAUAAGGAAAUGCAUCAAGCAGAGACAGACCUGUAUAUCAUUUCAAAUGUAUUCAUUAAUUAUUACAAGUCUCAGAGCAGAGUUAUUUAUGAAAUAUGAAUAGCACUAUAUAUAUAUAUAUAUAUAUAUAUAUAUAUAUAUAUAUAUAUAUAUAUAUAUAUAUAUAUAUAAUAUGUUUUUGUGGUUCUGAAUUGAAAGGAAUUGCUUGAAUUUUCUUUAAAAUGAGAGUAUUGAAGAUAAAACUGAUAUACAAAUAUAUGUAAAAGUCUUUAUUUCAUGUAUCAUUAGUGAAGAGCUACUUAAAGAUUAAGGGAAACAUUAUGUUUACAAAACCUGUGUGGUAGGACGUUUUGCCAAAAAGAGAAAAAGCGAAACAAAAAUGCUUUCAAUCUUAUGUUGAUGGUAUGGAAUAAAACCCAUUUCUCUGAGCGCAAUAAUGACACUUUGGUAUCUAUAAACGAGAGCUUUUGGGGCAUGGUUGAACACCUACAGUGUCCUCAUUUAUUUAAAUCUUAUAAUAGGGAAACGAUCCAGAGCAUAUCACUUACAAAUGUGCAAAUUCUCCACAGUGGA